AUGGCACCCUUCGACCUCGAUGCGUGCAUCGACCGGCUGCGGGACAAGCAGCUGCUCGGCGAGGCGCUGCUGAGGGAGAUCUGCGAGAAGACCAAGGAGGUGCUCAUGCGCGAGUCCAAUGUCGUGCACGUAUCCUCACCCGUCACUGUCGUAGGCGACAUUCAUGGCCAGUUUCACGACCUGAUUGAGAUCUUCCGCAUCGGCGGCGAUGCGCCAAACACAAACUACCUCUUCCUCGGCGACUAUGUGGACCGCGGGUUGCACUCUGUCGAGACCAUUUCCCUCCUCACGUGCCUCAAGCUGCGAUAUCCAGAGCGCAUCCAGCUCAUCCGCGGCAACCACGAAUCGCGCGCGGUCACUCAGACAUACGGCUUCUACCUCGAGUGCACACGAAAGUACGGCUCGCCAACAGUGUGGCAAUACUUUACCGACAUGUUCGACUUUCUCACCUUGUCGGUGGUGAUUGACGACGCCAUCUUUUGCGUGCACGGCGGCCUGUCGCCGUCGAUUCACCAUAUUGACCAAGUCAAGGUCAUUGACCGGUUCCGCGAGAUCCCCCAUGAGGGGCCGAUGGCCGACCUCGUGUGGUCAGAUCCAGACCCCGAAAAGGAGGACUUUGCCAUCAGCCCAAGAGGAGCAGGAUACACGUUUGGCGCAUCGAUUGUCAAGAAGUUCCUCCACCUCAACGGCAUGAACCAUGUACUCCGUGCACACCAGCUGUGUAUGGAGGGAUACUCGGUUCUUUACGACGACCAGCUCAGUACGGUGUGGAGUGCACCAAACUACUGCUAUAGAUGUGGAAAUAUGGCGAGCAUUCUCGAAGUGUCCCCCGGAGGACGACGAUUCUUCAACGUAUUUGACGCAGCACCAGAGAACGAGCGUGACGGCCCAGCACAGCAGCAAAAUCAAGCAAAGGCGAUAGAGUACUUUUUGUAG